UGGUGAGUGAGUGAGAGAGAGAGAGAGAGAGAGAGAGAGAGAGAGGGGAAACCCUGGUGGGUUGGUGGCGAGAGGCAAUAAGAAGGAUCCGAAUGUGAGCUAUCUUGAUUGGGAAGUGAAGUGGGGCUUUCAAUUUAGGGAGAUCGACGGCUUUGAAGGUAGUUUUUGUUGGCUGAGCAGUGAACCAUGUCAACUCCAUCGUCAAGGAACAGCUCCUUUAAUGGAAACAAUUUUAGAAGUGAAUCUUUUUCCAGUGAGAGGGACCUUGACAGCGUACUAGAGACUGGUUGUCUCUCCGUUGUUGUGCUUGGUGCUUCAGGAGACCUUGCCAAGAAGAAGACUUUUCCAGCACUCUUCAAUCUCUUCCGGCAGGGAUUCUUGCAAUCCAAUGAAGUUCACAUAUUUGGAUAUGCCCGGACAAAGAUGUCAGAUGAUGACUUAAGGGAGCGCAUCCAUGGGUACCUUAGUCAUGGGAAGGGAGAUGAGGAAAUGGAAUCUCUUACAAAUUUUUUGCAAUUGAUUAAAUAUGUCAGUGGUUCUUAUGACAGUGAGGAUGGUUUUCGAUUAUUGGAUAAGGAAAUUUCAGAGCAUGAGUUAGUGAGAAAAAGUCAUCCGGGAACUUCCCGCAGAUUAUUCUAUCUUGCAUUGCCUCCAUCCGUUUAUCCUUCUGUCUGCAAAAUGAUAAGAAGUUAUUGCAUGAACCAAUCUGAUCUUAGUGGGUGGACUCGGAUUGUGGUUGAGAAGCCAUUUGGGAAAGAUCUGGCUUCUUCAGAAGAGCUGAGUUCGCAACUUGCAGAGUUAUUUAAUGAAGAACAACUUUAUCGAAUUGACCACUACUUAGGAAAGGAGUUGGUGCAGAACUUGCUGGUGCUUCGAUUUGCCAACCGUUUCUUUGUACCUCUUUGGAAUCGUGAUAACAUUGAUAAUGUGCAGAUUGUCUUUAGGGAAGAUUUUGGGACAGAAGGACGUGGAGGUUAUUUUGAUGAAUAUGGAAUCAUUCGUGAUAUCAUUCAAAAUCAUCUAUUGCAGGUUUUUUGUUUGGUUGCCAUGGAGAAGCCUGUUUCUCUUAAACCUGAGCACAUACGGGACGAGAAAGUGAAGGUUCUUCAAUCAGUCAUGCCAAUUGCACCGGAAGAGGUUGUCCUUGGACAAUAUGAUGGCUACAGAGAUGACCCAACAGUUCCUGAUGGCUCUAGCACACCUACCUUUGCAACAGUUGUUUUACGCAUUCAUAAUGAAAGAUGGGAGGGCGUCCCUUUUAUACUCAAGGCUGGAAAAGCUUUGAAUUCAAGGAAGGCAGAAGUUCGUGUUCAAUUCAAGGAUGUUCCAGGAGAUAUCUUUCGAAGUAAAAAACAUGGGAGAAAUGAAUUUGUAAUACGUCUACAGCCUUCAGAGGCCAUGUAUAUGAAACUAACAGUCAAGAAACCUGGGCUUCAGAUGUCAACAAUUCUAAGUGAGUUAGAUUUGUCAUAUGGGCAACGUUACCAAGAUGUCAAAAUACCUGAAGCAUAUGAACGAUUGAUUCUUGAUACAAUCAGAGGAGAUCAACAACAUUUUGUCCGCAGAGAUGAACUGAGGGCUGCUUGGGAGAUUUUCACUCCCUUACUUCACAAAAUCGACAAUGGGGAAUUACCGCCAAUUUCUUAUAAACCCGGCAGCCGCGGUCCAGCAGAGGCAGAUGAAUUGCUUGCCAGAGCAGGCUAUGUGCAAACGCACGGUUAUAUAUGGAUACCACCUUCUCUGUAAUAAAGUGUGCAAGUAAGUUAGCUGCUCUGGUAUUUUCACAACUUCGGCAUUCCAUCUAUACCCAGUUAGUGUGAGCCUACCUUCCAGUUUAUGACUAUAUACAUAUAUAACCUUGUUGGUGUGGUGUCAAAUAGUUUGCUCAUAGUUGGAAGAGUAGAAUAAGUGAUAUUUCCAGAAUGUAUGCAGUGUUGUUUUUGUACUCUAGCCAAGAAAUAAUAAAUAUACAUUUGCCUCAAAA